UCUAGUAGAUGCCUAUGUUAUGGAUAUAAAUAUGCCGCUUGCUCACGGGAGAUGCCUAUGCUUAACACAAAACACUUAGACUAUAAAGUCUAACCUUCUAAAGCACCUUCAUUCACAUCCAGAAUGGCUUCACAAAGCGAAUACCAGAGUUUUAACCCUGCAACUGGGAAACAUCUAAAGACGUUUUCAGAACUGACAGACGAGGAAGUACGUUCUGCUCUCUCAGUGGCGCACGACUACUUUACCAAUUAUUGGCGCUCAACCUCGAUUAAUGAGCGAGCAAGAUUGAUAAACGGUGUGGCGAGACUGCUCCAAGAGCGUAGUGAAGAGUUUGCGCAGCUUAUAACACUGGAAGUUGGGAAACUCAUUGCUGAAUCUCGGUAUGAGGUGAAAUUCUGCAUCGACACGUUGGAAUACUUCGCUACCAACGCAGAAAGAUUCUUACAGCCGGUAAAGGUUCCCUCCAAUCCAGGCUCUGAGAUAUGGACGGAGCCGCUGGGAGUUAUUCUUGCUAUUGAACCUUGGAACUUUCCGGUACUCCAGUUGACUCGAGUUGCCGCGCCACAUAUAAUGGCCGGGAACGUUUUAAUCGCAAAGCCCGCCCCGACAGUGCCGCAGACCUCGUUGGCCUUUGCAAAAUUGUUCCGCGAUGCGGGUGUCCCAGAGGGAGUGUAUACAAACCUGUUCGCCACUGUUCCGCAACUUCAUACCUUGCUAGAGGACUUUCGCAUCCGAGGUGUCACUUUGACUGGAAGCGAGCGUGCUGGCGCUGCGAUCGCCGAGAACGCUGGCCGCCAUCUCAAGAAAAGUGUUCUGGAAUUGGGAGGAUCGGACCCCUUGAUUGUCCUCCCUGACGCUCCUAUUGAUGAUGCGAUAAAGCUAGCCGUAGCUGGUCGAAUGUUUAACACUGGCCAGGGUUGUGCCGCAUCAAAACGAAUCAUAGUCGUUGGAAAGGACCGCGAGCAGAAGGUCAUCGACGGUAUGAAGAAGGCCAUGGCAGAAUUAAAGCCGGGUGAUCCUAUGGAUCCCAACACCACCCUUGGUGCUAUCUUCUCAGAACGUGGACUUCUUGGGCUAUUGGCCCAAAUUGAAACGGCAAAGGCAGCCGGCGCCAAUGUCAUACUGGGUGGGAAACGCAGUGAGCACUCCGGGUUUUAUCUUGAGCCCACGAUUCUCACAAAUAUCGCCCCGGAAAACCCCCUCGCUCAACAAGAGACUUUUGGUCCAAUUGCUGCCAUAUAUGGGGUUGACACAGAGGAACAAGCCAUUAAACUGGCUAACAGCACGGACUACGGUUUAGGUGCGAGUAUCAUUGCAGCUGACAUUUCCCAUGCGAAGAAAGUAGCGGCACAGAUUGAGGCGGGCAUGGUUUUUAUUAACGGCCCUGCUUACUCCAGUCCAGAUUUGCCAUUUGGAGGCAUCAAGAACUCUGGAUUUGGAAAAGAACUUUCGGACAUUGGCUUUGGUGAAUUUACCAAUAAGAAGCUAGUCAGAGUUGCGAAUUCGGCGUAAAUGAAUCUCUGUAUGUUGUCUCAGCGCUUAACAAGAUUUUCCACUACGUGUGAAGGAAAGAGAGAAGACAAGAGAGCGGAGCAAUGAAGAUACUGGAAGUAU